AUGUGGUUUGGCCACCAUCGACGUCGAAAAAAAAUCGACACGUUUUGGCGGCGAUUUUUGGUGGUUUGGUUGGUUUUUGGAUGUGUGCAGGUUGGUUGGGGAGCGGGAAAAAUUUGAAUUUUUUGAAUUCGCGCGCGAAUUUGUGCGUGGCGGUGUUUGCGGAUUCCUUGGAAUACAGUAAUUUGUAGAAAAAAAACUUUUUUUUUUUGAAAAACCCAACGAGACUACGCAAUGACGCCACGUGUAUUUCACGCGGUUUUUUUUCGAAAAUUUAAAUUUUUUUACUCUGAAAAUAAACAAUUUUUUGAAAAACACAACGAGACUCCGCAAUGACGUCACCCGGUUUUUCAAAAAAAAUUUAUUUAGAAAAAAAAUGCAAAUUUUUAAUAUUUUCAAAAAUAUUCCAACGAGACUCCGCAAUGACGCCACGUGUAUUUCACGCGGGUUUUUCGAAAAUUUAAAUUUUUUUUCGUGAGAAAAGCCGAAUUUUCUCAUUAAGUUUCUUCAUUUUCAUUUUAAUUUUGAGCUCAGCCCACACACAUUUUUAAUGGGGUGAUUUAAGUCGAAAAAAAUAAAAAAACAUUUUUUUGACAAAAAAUAUGUGAUGAGAUUUGUUUUUAGACCAAAGAAUGCAAUUUUUCUGCAAAAAUUCCAGCUAAAAAUCAAAAUUCCUUCAGACAACCUCAUCUCUAACAUGUCUAACAUGUAUGUUCACAUCUUCAACAACACAACUCGACAAUUUUCGCAUUUCAACCCGUCUUCAUCGCCCACAAUGUCUUCUUGAACCAAUUAAAUGCGAUCGAGAUCAAGAUGUUUGUGUUACAAUUACUAUGCAUUCCGGUUAGCUCUUUUUUCGUGCAAAAUUGUCAAAAAAUGAAAAAAAAUGAAAAAAAACAACGAUACUCCGCGUUGACGUUGCACGCGCGCGUGGUUUGAAUUUUUGAAUUUUUUUGCAAUUUUAUCCUCACGAAAUUGUUUUUUCAUGCAAAAUUGUCAAAAAAUGAAAAAAAAAAUAAAAAAUUGCAAAAAAAUAAAAAGAAAACAACGAGACUCCGCGUUGACAUUGCACGCGCGCGCUGUUUGAAUUUAUUUAUUUUUUCACGGGAUUUCAUAUUUCGCCGAAAACUUAUUGAAAAUCGCAUUUUUCUUGAUAAAAAUGAAAAAAAAUGAAAAAAUUACAAAAAAACAACGAUACUCCGCGUUGACGUUGCGCGCGCGCGGUUUGAAUUUUAUUUUUUUCACCUGCUUUAAUAUUUUGCCGAAAACUUAUCGAAAUGUUCCGAAUUUUUGCAUCAAACUAGACUAUAGUUAAACUAAGCUAAAUCUAAGGUUUGGCUCUGAGAAUCUAAGAAAUAUGGAUUUUUAAAGCAUUUUUUUGGCCAAAAACACAAUUUCUAUCAGUUUUCUUGUGAAAAAUACGUUUUUUCACGGCCUUUUAGCUAUAAUAAUAACAAAAAAUAAUUGUUUUUCAUAUAUAUAUCCAUUUAUAUGGAAAUUUUUACAUAUUUUCAGAGAAAUUAAAAAAAAAAACAAAAAAACAAAAAAAAAAACACGGUGUUUUGUUUUUGCAGGGAAUGGCGAUUAUUGGAUGGGAGCCGGUUGUGAUAAGCGAAAAAAUUUCCAUCAUAUGGCGUGUCAGAAUGUGAGAAGUAUGACGCAAAAUACGCAACCAGGUUGGUUUUUGUGCAUUUUUGCGUCGUGGUGUUUGCGGACUUUAGCGCGUUUUCUGCAUUUUCAAAUUUUUCCACAAAAAAAAAGAAAAAAAAUGUUUUUUUUGAAUUCCGAGAGAAGUACACACAAAAAAAUAAAUGUGUGCGAUAGAGCACACUUGAUCGCUCAUUAUUUUUUUUCGAAACGAAUUCACAGUGACGUCAUAGUUCGCAAUGGAGCGCAUUUGCCACAUGGCAAGCAGUUUGAAAAAAAAACAUUUUUUUUUGAAUUCCGAGAGAAGUACACACAAAAAAUGUGUAUAUGUGCGAUAGAGCACACUUGUACGUCCCCAACUUUUUCACCUAAUUUUCCACAUCACAAGCUCCUGAUGACGUCACAGUUCGCGUUGGAGCGCAUUUUCAUUUUCAAUUUUUUCCAGGUCAAGUUCAACAACGUCAUUCAAUGCAACGUGUCUGUGUUUGUCCACGUGAUCUAUGCAAUUCUUCAACAUUUCCAAAAUCCUUUCAAAUUCUUUCAAAAAUUGCUCUUUUCUCCAUAUUCAUAUUACUAUUUUCCUAUAUUUUCUUCUAA